CCCAGCAGGACAUACCACAAGCUAUCGUUGAAGGCACAGGGGGACCCAAGGGAAAGAUACUGCGUCAUCAGUCGCGGUCCGGAUCGAAGAGGAAACAGCAAGGAAGCUGGGACGCGCGCUAGUUGACGACAGGUGCUUCGAGAAAAAACACCACGAGGGAAGCAGGCAGCGAGCGAGCGAGGGAGAGCGAGCGAACCUUUUUCUUCAACGAUCGUGAUGGCUACAGCUGUGAUGAAGCCUGUUGGGGGAGGUCCCGUGGGUGCUGGUGGGGGGUCCCCUCGACGGGGGUGGUCUCUGGAAGACUUCGAGAUCGGGCGGCGCCUUGGACAAGGAAAGUUCGGCAGGGUGUACCUUGCCAGGGAGAAGACUUCCGGCUAUGUCACAGCCAUCAAGGUUCUGCAGAAGAAGCAGCUGUCCAAGUCCGGCGUGGAGCACCAGCUGCGACGGGAGAUCGAGAUUCAAUCGCACCUCCGACACCGCAAUAUCCUUCGUAUGCUCGGGUUCUUCUACGACCACAAGAGAAUCUACCUCAUCCUCGAGCUGGCGAGUGGGGGCGAGCUUUACAACUCCCUAGUUGAGGCUGGCUGCUUCGGGGAGCGGCGCGCAGCCCAGUACGUCAAAGAGGUCGCGGACGCCCUGAGCUACUGCCACUCCAAGCACGUCAUCCACCGUGACAUCAAGCCUGAGAACCUGCUGGUCGGUCAUAACGGAGAGUUGAAGAUCGCGGACUUCGGGUGGUCGGUGCACGCCCCGUCCAAUAGGCGCCAGACGUUCUGCGGCACCCUCGACUAUCUGCCCCCGGAGAUGGUGGAGGGGAAGGCAAGAGCACAAUGAGGCAGUCGACAUCUGGGCCCUGGGAGUGCUCAUGUACGAGCUCCUUGUGGGUAACCCGCCUUUCGAUGCUCAGGGACACAGCGCCACCUACAGACGGAUCAUCAACGUCGACCUACGAUACCCCUCGCACGUGACACCAGAGGCGCGCGAUCUGAUUGGCCGGCUGAUCCGCAAGAAGCCCUCGGACCGUCUGCCCCUGGAGAGGGUGCCCCAACACCCUUGGAUCGUUAAGUUCACCUCCAACUAAGCUAGGCCCUACCGGGGCAGGGUUUGGCGGGUGGGUCCCUUCGGGCACAUGCAUACUGUAUGCAUGGGGAAGAGAUCCCUUCGGGCACAUGCAUGCUGCAUGCAUGGGGGAGAGAACAACGCAGUCAUAUUCCGGGAAGGGACGUUAGGGUUACCUUCCUUACCUUGUUUUCUUGGGUCCCCUGGGCACGCAGAGAGUAUGCUUGGGUGGGUAUCGUAUCCGACGGUUUGAAACCGUCGAAUCUCCGCUAGUCUCGGCGUGGUGUUAUUUUGAUCUUUUGUCCUCUUGGGAGUUGUGUUCGCACACACCAUCGCCUCAACUCCUUACAGUAGGCGUUUUGACGACCAAGCGAUAGCAGCCAUUGUGGCUCGAAUGAUACGUUUGAUAUAUUCCCCGGCUGACAGGUGCUACAGUGAGUUGCACGCGGACUACUGUAGCUCCAGUUCUAGUGCUUAUGUUUUUUUGAAUCCGUCGGAAGUGGAUGUCACACGUACGGUAGUCGGAGCGUUGUUUCGCUGUCAAGGGUCAAGUGGGAACAUGACCACUACUCGAGUUGAACGUCGAUCGAAUGCAGCGCCUUGGCAGUGCCAGGUAGCGUUGUCGCUUGUAGUCCCUAACAUGAACACCCAUAUGAUACAUUUUGGCUUGCCCACACAUCAUGAUUUAGUUCACAUGGUGCUGAGAUGAACUGAACUAUCCUAUGAGGGGAAGAGGGACAAACAGGGCGAAGUGUUUUGCGAUAAAGAACCCCUGACAUGCAGUAAAUAGGUGCGGCGAACGUAGGUACAGCAGCAAAUUGUGUGUUUGCUUUGCCAGAGGGUUGUCACUAGAGAAACACGAAGGAGCCGCGCCCAGUUGGUCGCCUCUUCUUUGUCCUGCUUUAUUUGUAUUUUCUUCACCUGGAUUGGUUUUGGUCGUACAUGGACGGAAUGAAAUGGAAGGCGGCUGGUUGGUUGUGUUUGGAUGCUCAGAAUUGAUAAUAACUGGCUACAACGACAGCAGCAAGUGUUUGCUGUGGGCUUUGUAGAAUAUUGCGAGGUAGACUACGGGCAGCAGCUGGAAAAUGCGUGCAACGAAUUUAAGAUAUGCUACCUCGAGAAUUUCUCAAGCAAGUGCAAGUCUCGUGCAAGGAUCAAGCCAGGUGUAACAUUAGUCUUGCUUGAUUGUAUCACCCCCGCCUGGUUAUCUUCGAAACGAUUAGUCUAAACAAAACCCGUCCCGCAGUGCUUUGUUCGGGGUCGGCGACGCAACUCUGUCACGGAAUAACAUUAGACACUAGUUAACAUUAACGUUUGCCGCAUCGGGGAAACAGGCGGAGAGGAAUAAAAGAGGGUGAGCUCCUGAGCAUUCGACUGUCAUAGCGCCAGGCAAGCAGCGCUAGCGACAACCAGCCCACGCUCCUGCCUGUUUCCACACACAUACGCACGCGGUGGAGCUUGUAAGGAGGGGGUGCUGUGGCGGGGUGCUCACACUCCAACCACGCGGACCCGCAGAUGGGAGUUUGGUGUGUAAAUUCCCCGCACGUGGUGCGAGAUGGCCGGUUCUGUUGGUUGCACACAACGAACUGGCAAGACAGCAGGCAGAGAGCUGGCCCGGAAGAGACGGAGGAGGGACAAAAUCAACUGGUAGAGGUUGCACGGGCUCUGGGUUUGAGGUGUUUUAGUGGCGGCGUUGGAAGGGAGAGAAGCUGACACCAUCUUGGCCUCGAAUUUCGCUCUUCUUUGCCCCUCUGUGCAAUGGCGUCGGCGGAUCGUGACGCACUGAUCACCCUGUUUCACGAGACCCGUGGGGCCAAUUGGAGGGAAAAGGACAACUGGGGCACAAGUGAGGGGCUUGUGACAUGGUACGGGGUCGACGU